AUGGCCCCCCUCGUCCCCGUCUUCUCAGCAACCGACCUGCCAGACCGCGUGCAGAUCGUGCACAGCGCCUUCAAGGAAAAACGACGCAAGGGCGAGCCGAUCGACCUCGAAAAGUGCGCUCUGCUCGAGAUGGUGCAGUACUCAUGCAAUCCGCCCUCGGAGGGGAUCCAGCCGCCGGGAGUGGUGAAGUGCAAGCCUGUUAUGCGCUGGUGGUCUCACAGUCGAAACGACCGCUUGGGAACGGACGAGAGAAUCGGCGCCGACGACGACGACGACGAAAAGCAGUGA